CAAAUCAACAAAAAGAAGCAGAAGAAAAGCGGACGUUAGCAAAGAGGCCAAAAGGAGCGGCGCCGUACUGGUGGCACAAAAAAAACGCUGUAAAAGAAUAAAACAAAGCAAAGCUUUCCGAAAGAGCGAUGGCGUCCCACGAGGAGCAAGUUUGUCGCGCUCGAGACGCGACCGAGUGGCGAGCACGGGCGGAAGAAGCUGCUGCUGGCACGACGCUGCACAAACGAGACGUCCGGCAAAUGAUUGGUCAUCGACAGGAGCUCAGCCCUCAGCCGCGGGUUGGGAGCUCCCGUUUGGAACUGCCCCACCAGGUCAAAGAGGAAAAAAAGGCUCCACCUGACACCCAUCUGAAGAAUACAGAGGAGGAUCCGGAAUGCUUCCACGUUAAGGAGGAAGAGGACGAGACCGAUGUCAGCCAGUUGCUUCUCUCGGUCGUCUCCGUGAAGGGCGCAGACGACGCACCCGAGUCGACUACGCUUCGUUGCCGCCUCGGAAGGCCGUCGCCCGACAAACGCUUGGCGCCGCUGUCGGACAGUGACGACACGGGCGAUGCGAGCGACGCAGACCGCGACGGUGACGACAAAGCGCGGAAAUCCUUCCACAAGAAGACGGGUGGCAGCUGCUCCACUUGCGGGAAAACAUUUGCUCAAAACGGACCUCUGAUCAGACACAUGCGAACGCACACGGGAGAAAAACCCUACACGUGCUGCUCCUGUGGCAAAGGAUUCACAAAUAAGUCCGACAUGGUCCGGCACAUGAGAACGCACACUGGGGAAAAACCGUUCAACUGCACCCUGUGCGAGAAACGAUUCUCUCACAAGGAAAGCUUGGUCGCCCACACGAGAACGCACACGGGCGAGAAACCUUUCAUUUGCUCCGUUUGCGGCAAAACGUUCACUCAAAAUUCAAGCAUGGUGGCCCACAUGAGGAUCCACACGGGGGAGAAACCGUACGGCUGCUCGCUGUGCGGCAAACGAUUCAUUCUGAAGCCAAACAUGGUCUCACACAUGAGGACCCACUCUGGAGAAAAACCUUACGGUUGCUCGCUGUGCGACAAAACCUUUGCCUUUAAGUCCUGCGUGGUGACGCACAUGAGGACGCACACGGGAGAGAAACCUUUUCGUUGCUCGCUAUGCGGCGAAAGAUAUGCUCAGCGGGCCAAUUUGACCGCGCACAAGCGGAUGCACCACAAAGAGUAAAGCUAAAAAUUCAACUAAAUUCAGUUUGUCACAAUUUCUAAUCUAUUUUUUCCUGUAUCAAUGUUAUUAGCCCACCCCCACAGAUGUGUCAACAACCACUGUUUGGUUUGUGUGCCCUGGUUUCCCUCGUGUAACGGCACCCCAAGAGCCCUGGAAAUGUUCUGCUCUUUUUUAAUUAUCGUUACUUCCUUUCUCUGUGCCAAAAUGUGUAGUUGUCGUGCCAUCACCAUAAAUGAGCUAAACCACGAUGAAGGUGUCUAACUUGAAUUUGUUGCAUAAUGACGUUUUCUUUUUUUUCU